AUGCAAGCAGCCGCAGCCGUUGCCGCCCCUGUCGCCCCCGCCCCCGCCCCCGCCCCUGUUGCCGCCAAACUACCGCUCUGGCGUCCACGCACCACGCUCCCUCGUGCAAAUGGUUCAGGGAAGUGGCAACAACCAUCUCCACAGCCGCAACCAGAGCCGCAGCCAAGCGUUGCCACCCGCGACGACGACGACGACACCCAAGCAGCCGACAUUUCCACGCAGAGGUCGGCGGACAACUUUCACGAUGAACAAGACGUUUCGCAGGACGGGACCACUAUGGAGAUCGCCACGCACAAUGUAACAAUCGGUGCGCCGGUUGAGACGCCUGUCUCCCCGCCGACAACUCCAGAUCUCUCUCACCACGACGCAAUUCCCAUGGACAUUGGACAGACCCACGGCACAGGAGCAUGGGCCGACGACAUUGAGGAAGGUACGCCCCCUCCUCCGGAUGAGUUACCUCCGCCGGACGAGGCUACCUGUUAA